CUCAUGCCCGGUGUGGCAUUUCCGGGAGUUCGCAAAUCCCAGCUGUACCUCUGGCGAAUUUAAGAUGUAGAAGCAAUUGGUCCACUCUUUUGGGUACCUCGACCAGAAGGUCCACCUGUCCGCGACCAUGAGCAGCCUUUUAGAAAAAGCCGAAGACAUCGAUUUCGUCACGAAAACGGCAAUUGAAAGGGACCCGAAUAAGCGGAGAGUGAAGCCCGUGGAGACGCAAGCGUCGAUCUUGGAUUUUGAUCUCGAAGAGGAGAGUUCAGAUGAUUCUGAUUUCAGAAUCGAGGACCAUCCAGAAGUCAGCGACGACGACGACGAUUCUGGAAAGAGCAACGACGAAGAUGACCACAGCACUGAAGAAGAAGAAUCCGAAGGAUCUGAUCUCGAUGAACUCAAAAACUUAAAUCUACCCAAUGGAGAUGGGUUGUCCGUCACAGAUGUCAUCCAAAGGGCGAAUUUGCAGCUAAGUGCAUUCAAUGAAAAGGACGCCCAAAUCCUCAUCUGCAGCGGCUGUCUGGGCGACCAAAGCGACGGCAUCAACGAAAUCGUCGAAUGCGACAACUGCGGGGUCACCGUACACGAGGCCUGCUAUGGGGUUUCGGACUCCGCGAGCCUCGCCAGCACCGAUUCGCUAUCGCCGACAGCCCCCUGGUUUUGCGAAGCGUGCAAAGCCGGCGUGAUGGACCCCAUCUGCGAACUGUGCCCCAAUUCAGGGGGCAUUUUUAAAGAAACCGACGUGGGUAAAUGGAUUCAUCUGGUUUGCGCUCUCUAUGUGCCCGGAGUGGCUUUUGGAGAAGUGGAUAAACUAACAAGCGUGACUUUAUUCGAAAUGCCGUACAGCAAAUGGGGGGCGAAGAGCUGCAGCCUGUGCCAGGAUGACCGGUUUGCGCGGACUGGAGUAUGCAUUGGGUGCGACGCCGGCAUGUGCAAAACGUAUUUCCAUGUCACGUGUGCGCAACGCGAAGGAUUCUUGUCCGAAGCUCAUUCGGAAGAAGUCGACCAAGCCGAUCCCUUUUACGCACACUGCAAACUUCACUCCGACAAAACCUUAGUCAAACGACGUAAAAAAAAUUACCUGGCGUUGCAACUACGAACUCAUUAUAGAAGACUUCAGUUUGAAAAAGAGGGGCAUAAAGACACCCCCGAACAAGUUCGAAUCGCACGAAAGUUGGAUAAACAGAAAAUACAUUUUCUGAAUCACAAAUCUCUCAAGCCGCCACCUUGGGUACCGACUCAAAAAAUGCCGCGUCUUCUCACAACUAGCGCUUCCGCUUGUCGUAAAUUGCUCCGCAAAGCGGGGUUGAUGGGCAUCAACACUAUGGUGUUGGAAAUGCAAGAAGCGCAAACCGCCGCCUUGGUGGACGUGCGGAAAAAGUGGCACAUUCCUCCGGCUUUCACGGUGGAGUUUAUUGCGUACUAUUUGGACCGUAACGAUCGGGUAAAAGGGAUGAAGGACACUCUAGAGAAGCUACUUUUAAGCAACAAGGAGUUGUUGGAGGAACAACAGGACUUGAGGGUGAAGUACGACGAGCUGUUGAAAAUUAGUACAGAAGAAAACAAAAAGAACCUCAACUUGAAACAAACUAUUCAUAAGUACCAUUCGGCGAUUUUGAGUGCUUGCCCCACGAAAAAUCUGCCGAAUAUCGAGGAUUUAGGUAAGCCACCAGUUACAAGAACAACUCAACCUAUGAUGGUUCCAACAGCCGCCGCUCUAAAAAUGGGAGUUGGUUUCCCGUUGAAUAAUAUAAUUCCAGCUGGAAGAACCGACAGAGUUCUUAGCAGUCACGCCAAACAAGAUUCCCUAAUGUUGAACGAAUGCGGGAUUUGCCGGCAAAAACGCGAUCAGCACCUCCUCACCAAGUGCGACACUUGUUACUUGUACUAUCACUUGAACUGCUUAAAUCCACCUCUAACCCGUCUACCUAAAAAAUCGAAACUGUACGGAUGGCAGUGUUCCGAGUGUGACAAAACUUCCGAUUCGGAGAUCGAGGAAGUUAAAACUCCGCGACGGAGUAAGAGUAGGUACAGCCGUGAGGCUCGUUCAGACCCAGAAAUGUCUACCCCCAAACUCAAAAUUAAACCGGUCGAGCCAGAGAAACCCAAGCAGGACGAGAAUCAAGAUACUCUAACUGAAGUUGUAGUGACACACACUGGCGAAAUGAACGGCUUUCAAAUGAAAGAGAGUAAAGGGCAUGUGUCGAAGUCGGGGAAGAAACGAAGAAGGGAGAAGCACAAGAAUCGCUACUCCCCGGAGUUGGGGUCGCCGAUGAAGGAACACAAGAGGAAGAGGAAGAAGAAGAGCUUUGAUUUGGAUGAGCCGAUGCCACAUCCGAGAAUCACCAUAAAGAUCAAACCCAUUCCGUUGCCAGCGGGCGAAGUGGCGUCAGAAUCGAAUCCUCAGUGUUUCUAUGUACCGAACGACGAGGAUGACAACGGUCCACCCCCAAUUUCGCUCAAAGUUAUUACAUUACCAGAGAAAGAAAAAACUCCACCGCUGAGAACCACUCCAAAAGAAAAACCCGUGGAGAGUAGCAGCGAAGCUUGCGAUGUCUGCCACACCGCCACUUUGGCUAAUAAUGCAGUGAGAUGUGACGACUGCCAGAAAGUUUACCAUUUCACUUGUUUGGAUCCUCCGUUGAAGAAAAGUCCGAAAAAGAGGGGGUAUUCGUGGCAUUGCGCCGAUUGUGAUCCAACGGGCUCCGAAUAAUUCUUUAGUUACAUUAAAUGUAAGCAUUUGUACUCAUCGUAAUAAAAAUAAAAUAUUUUAACUA